CAUGUCAUGACGAAGCGAUCUCACGAUGCUUCUGCAGCAAGCUCUCGCUCCGACUCUGCGGCUGUGCCACCCAGUCACGUUACGAACCUCGACGAGGACAGGGAAGAUGCAGCCAUCAAGAAAGCGCGGACCUUCAUGGCCACAUUGGCUUGUGACAUCUGCCGCGCGAGAAAGACGAGAUGUGAUGAGGAUCGUCCAAAAUGCGGAUACUGCAGGAGUAUGAGCCUGGAGUGUGUAUAUCAGACACCACGGCCUACCAAAAAAGACCAGUCUAUGUCGGUAGCGAUCAAUGCUAUCAGAAGACUAGAAAACAAAGUGGAAGAACUCACAGCAGCCAUUGCUUCUCAGGCUUCCCAUAGGUCACCACCUGCAAUCUACGACCACAGGUCACCAAUGGCGAACAUUUCUCAGCCUAGCCCUGGUCUUGUCCAAACUCCGCACGAGUACGCAGCAUCACCACAGGCUGCAAGUACUCCUGGCAGGAGUUCGUAUCCAAUCCCAGAGACGAACGGAGCGGUCAAGCUAUCUUUCAGUCAGCAUGGGGUCACUUCGUGGCCAGCAGUUCAGCAAAUCCUGCCGCCAGAAUUCGUUGCAGCCCGGAAGGCUCUGCCAACAGACUACAUCAUCGACAUCGAAACUCACCGGCUGCCUUUGCCCAUGCAUAUCGAUUAUCCAGCCAGGUCAAACCCUGAUCUCUGGCUCACAGAACUGCCAAUGUCCGUCGUCAAGGCUCUUGCGGAUGCUUACUUUGCUGUAUUUCAUCGAAACACCCCCGUGCUUGACAAAUUUCAUUUCUUUUCAAGCACUUUGGGCCUCGCGAUGGAAAGCGAUUUUGGAUACAACAUUGAGUCAUGUCUAGUUCUCAUCGUGCUUGCUUUGGGCUGCUUAGCUGUCAAAGCAUACGAGGAGGGUAAUUUUGCACUUCCGUCUCGUCACCCGAGCCCCAACGCGGGGUUUGUACACCCGGAAUGGUAUGAAUUGGUCCUAGAUGAGCCAGCAGGCCUCAAAUUUUUCAACGAAGCUAGGAAACGCAUCGGCUUUCUCAUGAGUCUGAACAACCUGUCCACCGGUCAAUUCUACAUGCUGUGCACGCUUUACUACGCGCAGAUUCUACGACCUAUUGACUCCUGGACUACUGUCAAUCGAGCGGCGAUGUGCUGCAUGAGUAUUCUCUCGCGAAAGGAAUCCAUCGAUUUUGAACAAUGGGAAGGCGACAUGUUCUCCCGAUUGUUCUGGAACACAUUGAUGUACGAAACCAUCAUCACCCAGGAGCUCGAUCUUCCUUUGAGUGGGCUGCUCGACUACGAAGCCGACAUGCCGAUACCGAAAUUCACACUUUGUCCACGACCAAAAACGUCCAUUUCGGGUCUGCUGGUUGACGAUGAUGAUUCCUUCUUCAACUUCCACUUUCUUGCACAAGCCGCCCAUCGUAUCAUUUUGACUCGAAUCCGUCACAAUCUCUACUUGUUCGCGGAGAAAGAAGGUCACCCCAGCCCAACCUUGACCGCAGAGAUGCAUCACCAGCUCGAACAGUGGCGCACGAACCUCCCGCCGUCACUUCAAUUUUCCAACCUCGAGGACACGGACGACGCGCCUAGUCCUGCGCAUGUGAUUGCGAGAGCCAUGCUACGGAGUCGAUAUCUGGUGGCCAAAUUCCAUAUCGGGCGACCGUUCUUAUACAAAGCGCUACAUGCCCCUGCACAAACCACGGACAGCGAGUAUCGCGAGAUUCAGAAGGGGUUACAGGGAGGCAUGUAUUGGCCGACGACCAUGGGUCUGUGCGUGCAGAUGAAGACUGCGUUACCGAUCAAAUUCGGGUGGUGUUCGCAGUGCUUUGGGCAGGUGUUGCUGUUCAACGCGGUUGCACGCAGCUCAGACGCCAAACUGCGGGAAACGCUCCCCAAUGGAUGGGAGGAAUGGGUGGGGAUAAUGAUGGCAUUGAUUGAAAAGUGUGGAGAGGAUAGCCCGGGGAUCGCGCAAGAUGCCGAACUUUUGCGGCUGAUAUAGUGCAGCCGAACCAUGGUACGUACACAGGUACGUAUAUGUUCGUCAUCCCCCACGUUCCGUGAUUGUGGUAGACGCACGUGGACGUAUACGUUACUCGAAAAUCGAAUCUUGACCUCUGUAUACCUCGAAUGCUAGCUGUAUGUGAUGAGCAAUUGCAAUGUGAAGCCUGCGUCACUGCCCGUCCGGAGAUAAAAUGCAUGUUUCCUAGUGCUCUCUCGUUCAAGAUGGUGUGGCUUGUUAGGGCUGAUGCUAACAAGUCUCGGCCUUGUACCGCCGCAUGCGGCGCGGAAGCUUUUCCUAUGGGACAGGAGACGUGAUGGAACUUGUACAUCACCGCUGUGUGUAUUAAGGACUUAUCAAUAUCAAUAGCGCGCAAUAGUGUGCAACGACAGACUCAGUUUGGCUGGCAAUAUUGUUGGGGCGCAUUUCAAGAUUGUGGCGCAAUCCAACAUUCGGAGCUUUAGCUGUACGUACCCUUGCGCCAUUCGCGCACCGCAACCCUUCCUUGCGCGCAUAAUUUCUUCACGUAUGCAUUGUACAUACCCCCAAGUAA